AUGUCAGAUCACUUUUUUACUUGUUAUUUCCCACAGUAUUCCAUCUUCAUUUAUCCGGUUCCAUCUUUCGAACGUUGCGGACGAGUAUUUGUUUCCAUUGUGGCUGCUUUUCUCGCAAGCUUUGGAGUUCGCAAUAAAAUUCACGAAGUUUCGGAAACGCUGACCUGCAGAUCUAAUUCCCAAAGGAAGAUAUCUACCAUUUACGUUUAUGGAAAAUCGGUGCCCACCUCCACUUCAAUGAGGUAUAGGGGUCUAGAUCAUCCUAAAAAGAUCAACUAG